AAAACUAAAUCUUUCUGCACAGCUCUAGGGACAGGAGAACGCUUUCUUCUUCCGGUUGACUUCCAUCUACAUCCGGGUGCCGGGAGUGCGGUGGGUGGUGAUCUUGGAUGGCGCCUGCCCUUGGCGCGGGGCGAGGUGUUUAUUUAUUGAGUGAAUUAAUUAAUGGAUUUUCUGGCUGACUAAGCUUGCCUUGAAGAGACGGUUGUCCACGUCCCGCGCGCGUGCUGUUUCCACCCGACUGCUGCAUGGGGCGGUUGACCUCAGCGCGUAAGUGCCCACGUGCGCGCUCCUCCGACCUGGCGAGUUCUGCGCGUGCGCAGAGGGAGAAGAAGUAACAGUUUUGACCAAUGACUGCUUCAGGAAUGGUGGCUGCUCUCCAUCUACCACCUCUGCCAACUAUUGGAGAGAUUAUUAAACUCUUUCACCUUCAGGCAAACAAGCAGCUCUCUCAGAAUUUUCUGCUGGAUUUGAAAUUAGCAGAUAAGAUAGUGAGACAGGCUGGCAAUUUGAAAGAUGCCCAUGUGUGUGAGGUGGGCCCUGGGCCAGGUGGGAUUACAAGAUCCAUUCUUAAUGCCAAUGUUGCACAGCUCUUGCUGGUGGAAAAAGAUACUCGCUUUAUUCCAGGACUGCAGAUGCUGUCUGAAGCAGCUCCAGGAAAAGUGUGCAUUGUUCAUGGGGACGUUUUGACUUACAGGAUGGACAGAGCUUUUCCAGAACACCUUCGAAAAACAUGGCAAGAUGAUCCACCAAAUAUACAUAUCAUUGGGAAUCUGCCAUUCAGUGUUUCAACUCCUCUAAUCAUCAAGUGGCUUGAAAAUGUUUCUAAUAGAGAUGGACCUUUUUUUUAUGGCAGGACUCAGAUGACUUUGACUUUUCAGAAAGAAGUAGGAGAGAGGCUUAUAGCUAGCACAGGAAGCAAGCAACGCAGUAGACUGUCCAUCAUGUCUCAACACCUCUGCACUGUUCAAAACUGUUUCGUAAUUCCAGGUCAAGCCUUUAUUCCAAAACCAAAGGUGGAUGUGGCAGUUGUGCGUUUUACCCCUUUGGUGGAGCCAAAGAUACUGCAGCCCUUUAAACUGGUGGAAAAGGUUGUUCGAAGUGUUUUCCACUUCAGAAGAAAAUUUUGCUGGCGAGGAGUGGGAAUCCUGUUCCCAGAGGCUGAUCGUUUGAAAAAAACUGAACAGAUGAUGCUGACAGCAGAUGUGGACCCUACUCUGCGUCCAACUCAACUCACUAUGUUACAUUUUAAAGGCCUGUGUGAUGCAUAUAGGAAAAUGUGCGAUGAAGACUCAAGUCUUUUUGCUUACAAUUACAGAGAUGAACUAAAGGAGAAGAUGAGGUCCAAAAGAGACGGACAUUUAAAGCAACUGGAAGAAGAAGAUGAGCUAUAACAAUUUUAGUAAAGCAGGCAACUUUUGUUUAUUCAGUGUAGUUUACAACUGUUGCUUUAGUAGACUGAAGACCUAUACGUGUGCCUGCUUACAGACAUACCCGUUGACACCAGAGUUUUGUGGAAAGACUGAAAAAAAACAAAUGCACCCAUUUUCUUAGUUAUUCCAUUCAAUCCUACAGAAAGAACGGAUGUGCGUUGUAAGUACAGGGCCCUUAUUUGGUUUGGGGCUGCAGCUGCCUGCCUCCAUUCUCUGCUAAACUGAGACCUAAAUGUUUAGGUAAAGAGCUUAACCUUAAUUUAGAUCUCAAUUGUCCUAUUGACUUCAGUGAGACCAUUCACAUACCUGAAGCUAGGAACAUGCUUGGCUACCUGGCUGAGUAGGCCUGUCUCUGAAGCUUUUUAAGAAUGAAAAGUGAAAGCCCUUAAAUAUCAUUACCAGUUUGUUAAACUGAAGUCGUAAGAAGCAUAUUUUGAUCUAUUUAAAAUAGGAUUUUCCAGGGUGAAGACUAUGCAAGAAAACUUUGCCGCCUCAAAAGUAAAAAAGGAGAAGCAAAAACUUUGUGCUCCGCUGACUGGCUCAAAGUGCACAGAUUACUUUGUCGUAAGUUAAAAGAGCAUUAGCAGUCCCUAAAACCAAGAGCUCAUGGUUUUAAAACUCCAGUAGGAAAAGACAGAAGAAUAAAGGCAAGAACCAUUACUGAAUAUAAUACUCAUUUUCCUUUACUGUACAAGUCGGUAGAGAAAAUAAAAAUACAAUCAAAUAAGA